GAGAGAAAAGUAAAAAUCUUUGAAGCAUAGGAUCCAAACACUAGAAGAAUAAUCAAAAACCAGAGUAGAAAACGAAGAAGAAAUAGGUGAGUGCAGAAAACCCUAGAAAAAAUGGCAGAUAAAUUGGCACCGGAAAAGCGUCACAUCUUCCUCCACAACGGUCAAAAGGUGUUCGAAUGGGAUCAAACCCUAGAUGAGGUCAAUAUUUACAUCAAUCUUCCUCCUAAGGUUAAUUCCAAGCAAUUUUACUGUAAGAUUCAGUCUAAGCAUAUUGAACUUGGAAUCAAAGGCAAUCCUCCAUUUCUCAAUCAUGAUCUUACUUCCCCAGUGAAGACAGAUUCUUCUUUUUGGACUUUAGAGGAUGACAUAAUGCAUAUAACUUUGAAUAAGAGAGAUAAGGGUCAGACAUGGGCUUCUCCCAUAUUAGGUCAAGGUCAGUUGGAUGCUUACUCUACUGAUCUUGAACAGAAACGCCUCAUGCUUCAGAGAUUUCAAGAGGAGAACCCAGGUUUUGAUUUUUCACAAGCUCAAUUUAGCGGAAACUGUCCCGAUCCAAGGACCUUUAUGGGUGGAAUCCGAUCAGAUUGAUCAUUGCCACAGGAGUUUCUAUUUGCCUACUGUAAGAUGAUAAUUAGUGUAAUAAUCUGUGUAAUCUCCUCCUUCUGAUGCCAUUUAAUUUAACUAAAAACAGUGACAACACACUAAUGAAUAACUGAAUUUGGCAUCCUGUGGUAUUUGUUAAUCUUUCAGCUGCCCUUUGUUGGCUUUUAAAGUUAAUUUUGUAUAUAAAAAAUGUAUUUUUCA